AUGGGUGUUGAAAUCACAAUUAUUAAAGAAGGUAAAGGUAAUAUUCCACCAGUUGGUUCAAAUGUAACUGUACAUCAUGCAGGUACUUUAACUAAUGGUACCGUUUUUGAUUCAUCAAGAAAGAGAGGCCAACCAUUUAAUUUUAAACUUGGGGCUGGUCAAGUCAUCAAAGGUUGGGAUGAAGGUGUUGCUAAAAUGAAAGUUGGUGAAACCUCAAAAUUAACCAUUAGCCCAGAUUUUGGAUAUGGUGCUAGAGGUGCUGGUGGUGUUAUUCCACCAAAUGCAACACUUGUCUUUGAAGUAGAAUUAAUCACAUUUAAAUAA